GUUACCUUGCCAACAGGUGGUCUCGUGUUUCCUCCCGGUUCUUUAACUGUGACGUACAUUGGAUUCAGAAUGAAGUCCGCUGUGGCUCUCGCUCUCUUGCUGUGCAUGAUGACACUGUCUGCUCAGGGCAUUAUUUACGGAGGUUAUGGCAACUAUGGGUUAUAUAAUGGAUUAGGAUACGGUGGAUUAUAUGGGGGAUACGGUGGGUUAUACGGUGGAUACGGUGGAUACGGUGGACACUUCCCACACCACAGUUACUAUGGCAGCAGGCUUUACUACAACCCCAUCCACGGACUCCACAGUCAUGGCAGCAUUCACCACCAUGACACGCCCAUCUACUGAUCAACCAUGGUCAACUAGUCGACUCCUACCACGAAAGUUUAACAGAGAAAUUGUAUUAUCUUGCGUUAAAAAAAGGAAACAUGUUUAACCACCCGCCGAUAUCUAACUGUUAAAGGACGUUCAAGAAAAUACGAAACAAAGAGAUGUCAUUUGUGUGUAGUAUAAUUAAACCAAGACAAUACAACUA